AGUCGCACGCACAGCGGGGAAGGUGUGAGUCGUGAACGGCCCGGGUCUCCGCCAUGGCCUCUCUACUCACCAACGACGCCUACCUGCAGAGCCUGGCCAAGAAGAUCUGCUCCCAUUCGGGCCCGGAGCAGCAGGCACGCACGUGGGCUGGCAAAACUCAAAGCUCAGAAACUGCAGGGCCCCCAAAAAAGAAAAGGAAGAAAACACAAAAGAAAUUCCGGAAGCAGGAAGAGAAGGCUGCUGAGCACAAGGCCAAGUCCUUGGGGGAGAAAUCUCCAGCAGUUUCUGGGGCCAGGAGGCCUGAGGCAGCCAAAGAGGAAGCAGCUUGGGCUUCCAGCUCAGCAGGGAACCCUGCAGAUGGCCUGGCUACUGAGCCUGAGUCUGUCUUUGCUCUGGAUGUUCUGCGACAGCGACUGCAUGAGAAGAUCCAGGAGGCCCGGGGCCAGGGCAGUGCUAAGCAGCUGUCCCCUGCCGCCCUGGAGAAAAGGCGGCGGAGAAAGCAGGAACGGCACCGGAAGAAGAGGAAGCGAAAGGGGCUGCGGGCGAAAGAGAAGGCCAGGAAGGCUGAGGAGGCCGCGGAGGCCCAGGAGGCGGUGGAGCCAACCCCAGAGGGGGGGGCCUGCACGGAGCCGCGGGAGCCGCCCGGGCUGAUCUUCAAUAAGGUGGAGGUGAGCGAAGACGAGCCGGCCAGCAAGGCGCAGCGCAGAAAAGAGAAGAGGCAGAGGGUGAAGGGGAACCUCACGCUGCUGACCGGGAGGAACUACCGGCAGCUGCUGGAGCGCCUGCAGGCACAGCAGAGCCGGCUGGACGAGCUGCGCGGCCAGGAUGAGGGGAAGGCGCAGGAGCUGGAGGCGAAGAUGAAAUGGACCAACCUCCUCUACAAGGCGGAGGGUGUGAAGAUCCGCGACGACGAACGCCUGCUGCAGGAGGCCCUGAAGCGCAAGGAGAAGCGCAGGGCGCAGCGGCAGCGCCGAUGGGGGAAGCGCACGGCCGGCGUGGUGGAGAAGAUGCAGCAGCGCCAGGACCGGCGGCGGCAGAACCUGCGCAGGAAGAAGGCGGCCCGCGCCGAGCGCCGCCUGCUCAGAGCCCGCAAGAAGGGUCGUAUCCUGCCGCAGGACCUGGAGCGCGCAGGCCUGGUCUGAGUCUUUCCCACCUGGGGCUGCCGUCUUCGUCCUAGGAAACUCCAGGGCACCCUCUGAGUCCUUGACGCGGGAGCUGUCCCAGGAUCUCCACAGACCUCGGCCCCUCCAUGUGAGGGGGAGACAGUGGUGCUCUGGAGCCACAGGACAGAAGACAGUGGCCUCUGCUGCCGGGCCACGUUAGUCCGCAGCUGACCGGAACAGAGGACAACCCUGAGGUGUGGCAUAUGGGCACCUGGCACUCGGGAGUGGUGGGAGCAGGUCCAGGCAUGGUGCCUCCUGGGGCAGAACGCCAUGGCUCCUCCCCACUCUCUUGGCUUCUGCCUGUUGGGGUCUCAUUCCUUUCUAUUCCCCAGUGUCCCAGGGCAGCAUUUUACUGCUCAGAAUUCGGAGGGAGGAAGCGGACCUUCUCGAGUCCACGCAUGUGAGUUGGGUCAAGUGCAUUGGACCUAGGUAAAGAGAAAGAAUAAAAGCUGGAGAGAGAGUGAAGCCAAUGGAAGAUACAAAGUGGGAUGGAAGAACUAAAUCCAGAGCUCCAGGCAAUCAAAAUGAGUGCAGGUUGAAAAAACUCAGGUGAAUUUUAGUGGCAUAUGGAUGACAAAGCUGUAAAUAAAAUUCUUUUGAUGAAAC